UUUAUGUCUUUUUCUUUCCAGUCGAUCUCCUAAAGAUGCCCGCAUGCCUGUUCCUAGAAGAAAGAGAAAGCCAUAUAAAUACUGGGAUAUUCCACCAUCUGGAUUUGAACAUAUUACCCCACUACAAUACAAAGCUAUGCAAGCUGCUGGCCAGAUUCCACAAACAAUCACAGUACCUAAUGCGGCAUUAACCCUGGAUUCCUCAGUCCCAUUUGCUGGCAGUGCCAUCAGUCGACAAGCUCGUCGGUUAUAUGUAGGGAAUAUUCCUUUCGGUGUAACUGAGGAAGCUAUGAUGGAUUUCUUCAAUCACCAAAUGAAAGUUACAGGUUUGGCCCAGGCUGAGGGUAAUCCUAUUAUUGCUGUACAGAUCAACUUGGAUAAAAACUUUGCGUUCUUAGAGUUCCGUUCGGUAGAUGAAACCACCCAAGCUAUGGCAUUUGAUGGAAUCAACUUUCAAGGGCAGUCUUUAAAGAUUCGACGGCCGAGAGAUUAUCAACCUCUUCCUGGUAUGGCAGAAACACCAUCAGUUGCUGUUCCUGGUGUUGUUUCCACAGUUGUUCAGGAUUCCCCACACAAGAUCUUUAUUGGUGGACUACCUAACUAUCUCAACGAAGAUCAGGUAAAAGAGUUGCUUAUAUCCUUUGGGCCCUUAAAGGCCUUCAAUUUGGUGAAAGACAGUGCAACUGGUUUAUCAAAGGGCUAUGCAUUCUGUGAAUAUGCAGAUGUAAUUAUUACAGAUCAGGCUUGUGCAGGGUUAAAUGGAAUGCAGCUGGGGGAUAAAAAGUUAAUUGUUCAAAGAGCUAGUGUUGGUGCAAAGAAUGCACAGAACCUUGUGCAGCUCCAAAUUCCAGGUUUGAAUCUGAACCAAGGAGCUGGUCCUCCAACAGAGGUACUCUGUCUUAUGAACAUGGUCACUCCUGACGAGUUGGAGGAUGAGGAGGAAUAUGAAGAUAUUGUUGAAGACGUCAAAGAGGAGUGUGGUAAAUAUGGUAUUGUGCGUAGUCUUGAAAUACCUCGUCCUAUCAAAGGCAUUGAUGUACCUGGCUGUGGAAAGAUUUUUGUUGAGUUCAACUCAAUCAUCGAUUGCCAGAAGGCUCAGCAAGCAUUAACAGGCCGGAAAUUCUCAAACAGAGUUGUGGUAACAUCAUACUAUGACCCAGAUAAAUAUCAUCAGAGAGAGUUUUAAUGGAAAUCCCCGAUCCCCCCAAUUCUUUUUUUUUUUUGGUUCUCGCCUCUGCUUAUAACAGUAACAAUACCACCACCAACAACAAGAAGUUUGGUUUUUACUAUUAUAUUAUCUAUUAUGAAGAGAAAAGCAACACCUGAUAGACCUAACAACAACUGAAAGAACGAAACUGGAACAACUACUACUUUAAAAGUACAGUACACCGUGUCAUUUAUCAUCUUUUAUUUUUUACGUUUCUGAUAGGCUAAAUGUACAAUUUACUGUGUCAUAACAACAACAACAACUAAUACAACUUUCUAAUCACAUUUGCAAACAUGCAUCCGUGGUGCAUACAUACACUCACAUAACACAUUCCUUCACCCACCCCAUCCAUCACCACCACCCUAUUUCAUGAUUUCAUGUUUCAAUUUUAAGCCACACUUAUUUUUUUUUGUCUUGAUAACCAUCCUAUCUCUUCCCCCUUAUCCAACCAACCCUUUCCUCUUCAAUGUUAUUAAGGCACAGUAUUAUCUAAUCUUCAUCAAAUACUAUUACUACUACUGUUACUAUUACAUACUACUGCUACUACUACUAAUAGUAAUGAUAAUAUUAAUAAAAAAUAUAAAGUCUUUUCUUCAA